GCGGUAACACUUGAUAAGAGCAGUAAAUAAUGGUGAGGUUUCAUGUCAUCUCUUAACGACAAUAUAUCUACAAAACACAAUGUCGCGUGCGCUUGAGUGUUACCAUGGAAACGUGCGUAAACACGGUUCUGUUAGAGGCGUCAUAAACCGAAAGCUUCGGCUCUGCAACUGGAAUUAAAUCGGUCGGACUUUCACAUUACCAAAAAUAAAGAUUAAUGACCUAUAAUGUCAGACUUUGAUGAAGAUGAGGUGCUAAAAGCGGACUCUGAGACCGAGUAUGAGGAGCAAGAAAGUGAGGUUGGUCACGAUGAAGAGGGGAUACCAGAAGACGACCAGAUCGAGCCCUGUCCACUUAACCAGGACAUAGUAGCUAAAUGCUUAUCUUUAUUGUGCCACACCGGAAACAGUCUGUCUCAUGCCUAUGUCAGACUUGACCUUAACAGCAAGGGUCUGACGGAUUUGGUCUUGCUCAGCUCUUUCAUCCAUCUGCGUUACUUAGACAUUUCCUCCAAUCAUUUGUCAGACCUCUCUCCGUUGGCUGGCCUUACCCACCUGCUAUGGGUAAAGGGAGAUUCUAAUCGGAUUCAACAGUUUGAAAGCCAGUGGUUUGACCAGCUCGGUUUCCUACAGUGGCUCAGCCUAGCAAGCAACCGUCUGUGUGAUGUGAAAGGCCUCAAAGCUACAGCACUGGAAACUCUCAAUCUUAUUGGUAAUGGCAUUCAGACAAUGCAUGGCUUGGAAUGUAAUAAUCUGACCAAUCUGGUGACACUUGAAUUAAGAGGAAAUUGCUUGGAAACUACAGAUGGCAUUUGCCUCCCUAAUUUACGUCACUUACACCUGGUAUGGCUGGCUAAGAACAACAUCAAGCGACUGGAGGGUCUGGAGAGGUUAGAGCAACUAAACACUCUUCACCUCAGAGAUAACCAACUAGAAUCAUUGGAUGGAAUCAACUCCAGUAUGAAAUGUCUCCAGUAUCUUAACAUCAGGGGUAACCUUAUAUCUUCUCAGAGUGCUUUGCAAGCUCUAUUUACUGUGGAGAAAUCACUGAGGGUCCUUGUAGUCCUGGACAAUCCAUUAGCAAAGACGGAUGAUUAUAGGCUGUAUUUGAUCUCACAUCUCUCCCAGCUGGAGCGAUUAGAUAAAGACCCCGUAACUGCUGAUGAGAAGUCUGAAGCCCUGGAGAAACUCAAGGAAUUUGAAGAUGAAUCUGCCCAAGAUCAAGAGGACUGAAUAGACUGCAUGAAGCACUGAAGAAAUCAUAAUUUUAUAUUCAAUAAAGUAUAAUCACAUUGUUAA